AUGCCUUCUGUCAAAGCUUUGUUUGUUUCCCUCCUCGUUUCGAGCACUCUUGCGGCUCCGCUCAGCACCCGUUUCGAGAACAAAGAAAAUGCCGCAAGUGUCUUUGAUGAGAACCCUCGGACUUCUCUAGAGACUCGCGACAUUAAAGCCAGUGAGGACUCCGCUGAUAUCGAGGCACGCGAUGAGGACGAGUAUGAGUAUGUUGAGGCCACCACUGUUGCCGUCAUCUCUGCUCGAGGUCUGGAGGACAUUGAGGAGUCCGGUGACCUCGAGGCACGGGAUUUGAGGGAAGUCAGCGAGGUCUACUCCACCUUCCAGUCUCGUGACUUGGAGGCGGAUGAUGACCAGCAUGGCAUCCUCGAGUCUCGUGACAACAAGAAAUCUUCAAGCCGCACCUCCUCAUCCCGGACUUCUUCGUCGCGGGGCAACAACAAUAACAACAGGGUCGACAAGGGCAGAGUCCAGAAGGAGAAGAACGAAGUUAAGGACAUCCAGUCAGACCAGAGAAAGCAACAUGCCAGCGCUAAGGCGAAGGAAGACAAGGAGCGCGCGGAAAUUCAGGAGGCCCGCGAGAGACAGAAGGGCGCUACGAAUAACCGAGACAAGGAGGCUGCUAGGCGAAAGAAGAACGAAGAGCAAGCAUCCCUCGACAGAGUGAAGAAUCAGAAUCAGCGAGACAAGGCCCGCCUCCAAGCACAGAAGGAGAAAGAGAAGCAGGAGCUGGCGGACGCCAAGAGGGGCGGACGCGGUGGCCGAUUCGUUGAGACGCCUGAGACGUCAACAAAUUUCAACUCUAAAUCCUAUGGUGGCAAGUCGGGAACGUACAACGACUACAAGAACCCCAACUAUCAGAAUAAGGACAGCAACUACUACUCGAACCAGCGUAAUAAGGAUGAUGAGAGAAUUCGUCAACUGGAGAAAGAUCGUGCGCGCGAGGACUCCCGCAUCAACAAGGCCGAGUACAACAAGAACAAGAGCGGCGACAAGAUUAAGAAUGGAGAGUACAGCAAGGACAAGGAGGAUGAGCGCAUUCGCAAAGCAGAAUAUGAGAAGCAACGCAGCGGCGAGCGUAUCCAGGAUGCGGAGCGAGCCAAGGACAGGUACGGCAACAAUGGAAACAAAAAGAACAACUACGACCAAGAGAUCCGUGCCGAAGAAGCCAGACGCCAGCGUGCGGACCAACAGAUCCGCGAGUCUCAGUACGACAAGAACAAGCAGGACCAACUGAUCAGAGCCGAGGAGGACCGUCGCACUAGGUACGACGAGCAGAUCCGAAAAGCCCAGAACGACAAGGACAAGUACGGCGACCGCAUUCAAGAUUACGAGCAGCAACGCAGGGAAGAUGAGAGACGCCGCAAUGGCGGGUACUAA